AUGCAUGCAGAUACAGGAGGACUAGCUAUGUGCAGUCCUCAGUGGGUCAGGCAGAGACAGUGCUCAUCAAAAACGAUAUGCAUAUUUAAUAUAUUUUUCGUGCUUUUCUUGUGUAAUAUUAUUAAUAUUACAGAGGCAGCAGCUGCGAGAAUCAAGCUGCCAGGGAAUGCAAGUGUUUCAGCAGUGAUUAUCUUUGGAGAUUCGAUUGUUGAUACGGGCAACAACAACAACAAUUUCAAAACACUUGCACGCAGCAAUUUCCCUCCCUACGGGAAAGACCUCAAGGGAGGGAUGCCCACAGGAAGAUAUUCCAAUGGAAAGGUUCCCUCAGACCUCAUAGUGGAAGAAUUAGGAAUCAAAGAGCUGUUGCCCGCAUAUUUGGAUCCAACCCUGCAGCCUAAGGAUCUCCUUACUGGCGUAGUAAUAGCUGCUGGUGGCGCAGGUUAUGACCCCUUGACAGCACAGGUCGCGGGAGUUGCAUCACUAUCCGACCAAUUGAAACAGUUCAAGGAGUACAUAAAAAAGCUAAAAGCAAUUGCUGGGGAAGAGAGAGCAAACUUUAUCAUAUCAAAUAGUUUGAUUUUUGUGGUAGCUGGCAGCAACGAUAUUUCAAAUACCUAUUUUCUAACCGGUAUGAGAAAAUUGGAGUAUGAUGUUGCUUCUUACACUGACUUAAUGCUCAACUACGCCUCUGAAUUCGUCAAGGACUUGUACGGACUGGGGGCACGAAGAAUCGGUUUACUCAACACACCACCGAUUGGAUGUGUACCCUCUCAGCGAACGGUUGCAGGAGGCGUGCUUAGAGAAUGCGACGAGAAACAAAACCAAGCAUCGCAGCUUUUCAAUUCCAAACUCUCCGCAGAGGCGGAUGACCUUAACAAAAACCUGCCCAAUUCCAGGGUGGUCUAUAUUGACAUCUAUAAUCCACUGCUUGAUCUCAUCAACAACCCCACUAAAUACGGCUUUGAAGUUGCGAAUAAAGGAUGUUGUGGUAGUGGGAUUAUUGAAGUAACAAAACUGUGCAACCAGAUUCAGCCUGCAGGCACUUGUUCAGAUGACUCUAAGUACGUUUUCUGGGACAGCUACCAUCCAACAGAGAGAGCCUACAAGAUCAUUGUGCAGCAGAUUCUAGACAAAUAUACCAAAUUCUUCUUAUGA